GAUAUCCACUCGUCGUCGUCGGUUGAAAAUUAGUAGUCGCUUUUAGGUUAUGCGCGACAGUAUACCUUUAUAUAUUACCUAUAUAUAAUAUAUUAAAUAUUGUAAUUGAUUAAUAUUAUACAUAUUUUAUAUCAGUUAAAGGCUUAAAGCCCGUUGUAAUUGUAGUGUAACUAAACGGUAAACUGACCGACCGCCGCUAUGUACGCUUUGCAGACAGUCGGAAGCACAACCAGCUCCGUCAAAGAUGAUACGGAAGUGUUGGAUUUGGAUGACGUCGGUAACUCUAUAGUCGAGCAAAUCAUCACCAACAGUAACGCUGUCAAACGUUCGGGGAACGUAACUGCAAAUGGCUAUCAAUCUUCUCAAACUCACCCGGCGAUACAUAAUUAUGAACGAAACGUCAAAAAAGACCACACUGGUUUGUGUUUUUGGACAAUAUUUCAAGCCGUCGGACUUACGUGUGUUGGCACGAUUAUUUGUCGAUCUGUCAUAUAUCAGCACGGAUAUUUUGACGUAUCUUCCAACAACAACUCAACGUCGAUUACUAAAAGCCAAUUUUCCAAUUGGCAUUACUCGCUUAGCACAGUUGGAUUCAUAUACCUCUAUGCCAACUCGAUUUUCAUGAUAAAAUCCCACAAAUCAAAAGUGUCGCUACCGUACAUAAUGCUGCACACAUUUGCGUACCUCGUAUCAGCCUUGGGACUGUGCGCCAUGUACGUGCACAAAGAAACGGGCAAGCCCGAGGGUAGCGCGUUCUACGAGGGUCAUCUAUACUCCAUACACGCUUGGACCGGUGUGUUGGCGGCCGCCAUGUUCACGAUCCAAUGGCUGACUGCCGCCGCCACGUUCAUCAUGCCAUGUCUGCUCAAAAUAGGGUUACCGCUGGGCAAGAUGUUUAGCCUGUAUACCACCAUCGUGUCAACCAUCAGCCUCAUUUCCGGAGUCAACCAAAACGCCAUGAAGACAGCAAAAGAUUACAGAAUGUAUUCAAUUGAGUCAUUAGUUUUGAACGGUUUUGGAUUACUCGUAAUAGUAUUUUUAUUUUUAGUUACUUACAUGGUUAUAAAACCAAACAGAAAUUAAAUGUUUUAAUUUAUUUUUUAUUUGACGUACUUAUGUAUUAGAUACAUAUAUAAUUGUUAAUUUAUAUGUUAUUGAAUUUCAAUAUUAAAAUGUAUUCAUAUAAAUAAUAUGUUGUAGUUAUAGGAUUAUAUAUUAUACUUUUAUGCAUAAGAAGAUAUUUUUUAUGCAUCUUCAUUAAAUUAUCUUAUGAUUCAA